AUGGCACGAACAAGCAGUCUUGUUUCUGAACCCCGAGAUGUUCCACCCGCAAACUCCUCAAGCCCUCGCCCUCGUCCCUGUGGUGGUGGUGGUGGCUCUGCUGGUGGCCGAGAGCCACAGCUUUCCUACACAACAUGCCGCCCAGCAAAUCAUGAACAACGACUUUGGAGCAGCACAGCUAGGUUUAUCUAUAGUUAUAAACCAAAUGGCUUUGCUGAGGAUACUCAAUGAGUCUUCUACUCUCAAUACAGCACCCACAAGACACAAGACCUACAGAGUGUAUGAGCGCUCGGCUACACAAUCGCAGGCUGUUCAGGCUUGUCAGCAGCUGGGUGGUCGCCUUGCUCUCCCUACGAAUGAGGAGGAAGAACAUGAAAUAACUAGGCACAUCGGUAUCACCUUUGACACGAGCAUAUAUACUGUGUACUGGAUCAGCGUCUCAGAUCAGGAAAUGGAAGGAAAUAUGAUUGAUAUUGUGACAGGUCAACCUUUGCGUUACAAAAACUUCGAACCUAGUCAACCCGACAAUGCUGGUGGUAAAGAACACUGCGUGCACAAAUCUGCGAACUUUCGUGGCUGGAACGACCACCAGUGCACACACAUUGGAAAUGGUUACGUAUGCGAGUUUAUGGACAUGUAGGGUCAACAAAAGAAAGCUGCUUCAACUAUCUACUUUUUUUCUUCGCAAAAAGAGAGAGAGAGAGAGAGAGAGAGAGAGAGAGAGAGAGAGAGAGAGAAAGUGGAGGAGCAGGAGUGCUUGAGCUGUAGACGCUGUAUUUAUUAAUAGCUAAGGCAAUGUUCAUUUUGAAGGGGCCUUACGAUUAGUUGCCAUACGUAGUAUGACAACUAAUGGUAUACAUAUAUGGACACAAAUGAAUAAUUACGUUAUUUCCAUUGGAUGUA